CGGCGCCCGGACGGGCUGCGCACUCGAGGAGCUCCUGCUAAAGAUGGAACAUUUGGCAGAAAUACCGGACAAUUCCACAAACUUAAUGGCUGGCUCACAUCGUGGUCACUCCGUGAUCACGUACGACCGCCAGACACUUCUGGAUGUGGACACAUCGGGCCGUUUUGGACCGAUAGACACUUGCGUGCUAGACUUGCUAACUAGCACGGGAAUACAUCGGCGGCUACAUCCAGCGGCCUGUGAAGCAGCGGAGUCUAGUAGCAGCGGGGGCCGUCUACGGAGCAGACGCCAGCGGUGUGAUCGGAAACGCGGAUGCCGAGCGGGGCUAAAAACAAAGCAGAAGGCUAAUCCCCACAGAACACCACUUUCCUCCAUCCCGAAGACGGAUUUAGAUGGAAAAUGCGAGACUACUGGUCUGGGUAAGGAGUCAGUUAAAUUAGAACAAGUUUUUUCUGCUUUGAGUGUUUCAGAGUUGGACAUGUGUUUUACUGAGGUGGCUAACUAUGAUGCGUGCAGUUUAUCAAAGCAACAAACAAACAAUCGGAAAAUCCCCGUUACUGAGGUGGCUAACCAUGAUGCGUGCAGUUUAUCAAAGCAACAAUCAAACAAUCGGAAAAUUCCUGUCGUAUCAAUUCCUAGAUAUGGUCGUAACUAUACUAAAUGCACUGGGCAUAAUAAACACAACAUUAUUAAUAUUGCUACUACGGAUAAUUUGAUCAAAAACUCCCUAAAACAGCCCACUACCUAUAAUAUAGGUUUUUUAAACAUAAGAUCAUUGUCUCCUAAAACGUUGUUAGUUAAUGAUAUUAUCAGAGACAACAAUCUUAACGUCAUCGGUCUCAGCGAAACCUGGCUUAAACCAAACGACUUUUUUGCGCUAAAUGAGGCAUGUCCUCCUAACUUUACACAUGCGCAUAUUGCCCGUCCGCUCAAAAGGGGUGGGGGGGUCGCACUAAUAUACAACGAAAACUUUAACCUUAGUCCUAACAUAAAUAAUAAAUAUAAAUCGUUUGAGGUGCUUACUAUGAGGUCUGUCACACCGCUGCCUCUACACCUGGCUGUUAUCUACCGCCCCCCAGGGCCCUAUUCGGACUUUAUUAAUGAAUUCUCAGAGUUCGUUGCUGAUCUAGUGACACACGCCGAUAAUAUAAUCAUAAUGGGGGACUUUAAUAUCCAUAUGAAUACCCCAUCGGACCCACCGUGCGUAGCGCUCCAGACUGUAAUUGAUAGCUGUGGUCUCACACAAAUAAUAAAUGAACCCACGCAUCGCAACGGUAAUACGAUAGACCUAGUGCUUGUCAGGGGCAUCAACGUUUCCAAAGUUAGGAUACUCCCGUAUACUAAAGUAUUGUCCGAUCAUUACCUUAUAAAAUUCGAGGUUCAGACGCAUGUUCGUCAAACUAAUAAUAAUAAUAACUGCUAUAGCAGCCGCAACAUUAAUACAGCCACAACGACAACUCUUGCUGACCUACUGCCCUCGGUAAUGGCACCAUUCCCAAAGUAUGUGGCUCUAUUGAUAACCUCACUAACAACUUUAACGACGCCCUGCGCGAAACCAUUGAUAACAUAGCACCGCUAAAGUUAAAAAAGGCUCCAAAAAAGCG